AUGGAGUCUAUAAAUGUGGUUUUUGAUGAUACAAAAUCUAAGAUAACCUCUUCUCAACUUGAUGAAGAAGAAAUUAAUUUUGAAAUUACAGGAGAAAUGAUAGAACCUACAAUUCAAGAGGAAGAAAGAGUUGAGAAUUUAGGUGGAGAAGGUGAAGAGGUUAAAGAAGAUGAUGAUGAGGAAUUAGUUGUCACCACUAAUGAACCUAUAGGAAUUCCUGCACCAUCGUUAGAUAUUCCCACAUCUAGCAGUUCUAGAGUUAGAUUGAGUCAUCCAGUUGACAAUGUGAUAGGUUUCCAAGUGAAACAACUUGAUGAUGGGAUUUUCAUAUCUCAAUUAAAAUAUGCAAAUGAGCUAGUUAAGAAGUUUGGUAUGAAAGAUUCAAAGCAUGUUCAAACUCCUAUGAGUAUUUCAUCCAAAUUGGAUAGAGACUCUGAUCCUAACAAGGUUGAUCAUUUCUUAUAUAGGAGUAUGAUUGGUAGCUUGUUGUAUUUGGCAGCAACUAGGCUAGAUAUUUUAUUUAGUGUAGGUGUUUGUGCUAGGUAUCAAGCUGAUCCUAAAGAACAACACAUUCUUGCAGUCAAGUGCAUUAUCCAUUAUGUCAAUAGUACAUUAAAUUAUGGAUUGCGUUAUUCUUCUGAGUCUAACUCUGAGAUUGCAGGUUAUACUGAUGCUAAUUGGGCUGGUAAUAAGGAUGAUAGAAAGAGUACUUCAGGUGGUUGUUUCUAUACUGAUACUUCUGGAUUAUGGAGUUGA